GACAGAGCCAUUGACGGGGAUAUCUCGGAUAGUGGGCCUUCGUUACCUUCUUUCUCUAAUCAGGAAGGCCGGUUACUUGAGAAGCAGGCGUUCAAUUUAUUAUUGUGGUCGCGCAACCCUGGCCUCCGGUAUCUUUGUUGGUCGCUACAUUCCCUUACCAGCUUCAAGGUAACAGUUACCUACGCUUACCCCAAUAUGACCACUGAUUGACCGAUUCCUCCGGGUUUCUUCUUGUAUUUGAAUACUAUUAGGCAUCGUCUGGGAUCUGAUGUUUGGCUGUAUGCCGCCACUUCGCUGCAGUAUGCCUUUUUCAAUUCACUCAUCCGGUCUAUUUUAUCGAGCGCAACUGCAAAGGAGCAUUACUGCGGCUUCGCAAAUUGGCUACUUCUCAUUAGUGCGCCACGCUUCACUUUCUCACUUUCUCCCCUACAGAAGUAUACCACGCAAAUCCGCAACCUCAAGGGAAUCCCAAUUAGCGUCAGCAAUAUUGGUUCGUCAUGACCCUUGUCUCCCUUCGCCGCAAUUAGUAGCACGGGGAGGUCUCACGACAAGUGCAAAGCCAGUAGCUCACUAUGUUCCACCGAAAACGGGACUUAUCGCUUCUCUCCCAAAGUCUUGGAUACCAUACGCGGAACUGAUGCGACUUGACAAGCCGGCAGGCACAUACUAUCUUUUCUUCCCUUGCAUAUUUUCAACACUUCUCGCGGCUCCAAUGGCAGAAAAUAUUGCCGGCCCACCGGAGGUUCUGGGGACUGCGGGACUAUUCUUUGCUGGUGCAUUGAUCAUGCGGGGUGCUGGAUGCUCGAUCAACGACCUCUGGGACAGAAACUUGGACCCUCACGUUGAACGGACGAAGUUCAGGCCCAUUGCUAGAAAAGCAAUAUCUCCACAGAAGGCAAUAGUCUUCACAGGUGCCCAGUUACUGGCAGGUCUCAGUGUUCUUCUGCAGUUUCCUUACCAGUGCCUCUGGUAUGGGAUUCCUAGUCUACUUCUGGUGACAACUUAUCCGCUUGCCAAGCGUGUCACCUACUAUCCUCAAGCAGUCCUGGGACUCACAUUUUCAUGGGGUGCGAUAAUGGGGUUUCCAGCGUUGGGGGUGGACCUUCUUGCUAAUUGGAAUGCCUUGGGGGCAGCUACCGCCCUGUAUACUAGCUGCAUUGCGUGGACUGUAUUGUAUGAUACGAUAUAUGCGCACAUGGACAUAAAAGACGAUGUGGCUGCAGGAAUCAAGUCAAUCGCCUUGCGUUACAGGCAUAACACCAAGGCUCUUCUUUCCGUUCUAGCAGUGACUCAAGUAUCAUUGCUUGCCGCUGCAGGCACUGCGGCAGGUGCAGGCCCUAUUUUCCUCGUCGGCGGCUGCGGCUCCGCAGCCCUCUCCCUAGCUAUCAUGAUUUGGAGAGUUCAACUGAAGAGCGUCCGGAAUUGUUGGUGGUGGUUCAAAAAUGGAUGCUUGUUAACUGGAGGAGGUAUCACAUUGGGAUUGUUCGCCGAAUAUUUGGCGCAGUACCUUGGACUGUACAAAGAUGAUACGAAAGUCGAAGCUUGAUCCCGGGUUUAAAACUCGACAAGAGGGCAUCCUUAGUAGACGGGUCUAUCAGCCAGCUUCCGUGAUAUGGUUUGUCGGCUUUGUUGGGGGGGCAGGCCAGAGAAAUUCUUUACCCUACGGAAAAUACCUUCCCAAUCCAUGGUCUUUCGCCAACGUCUCCGAAACAAGCGACUUCUAGACUAGCUAGAGUGACUGACUAUAAGUCAUAUUUGAUGAUCCGUCUCUACUAUACCGUGGUUAACACCUUGAGGUGCUUUUGGUAGAUUGGGGUUCAGCAUAGCAGCGCUUGUCAAUUAUUCAACCAUUAAGGCUAACUGUAUAUUAUGUAGCCUUAAAACCCCCGAAGAUCAUUCCCUUUGCCAUCAUGGACAAGUUGUAGCCAAAGAGAAUGGGAAUGGAGCCCGUUGACGUAACGGCGUCCUUCUAUUGGAUCAACUUGCUUGUUUUGUAUCUAUCUAGGUUGGUCUAGCUAUUUUAGUGUGUCAGGCCAAGCGAGGGCGGUCUAAUAUGGCAUAAUACAC